CGUCUUAGAAAGGCUCGCCUGUAGAGCAGUCGAGAUGGAAAUGCCAACAUCCUGAAUCAUGGAUGUAUUGACUGUGUUUAGAACACUUGAGAGAAAAGCGAUCAAACAUUUUAAGUGUUAGAGUAUUUUUGUGGGUGUGAGAAUGGUGUAGUGCUGUGUAUUUGAAAGUGUUUAUGUGUAGUGUUUGUAGAAAUUUUAGUGUAGCGUUCUUGGAAAGUACCGUUUUCUCUCGACAGUUGUAACAACUCUGACGCAGACACAGUCGUUUCAAACUGUGGAUGAUUUUCUAGGAAAAGUAUUGUGAAGUCAUAUCCUGGUGCCAAACAUGAAGAACUCUGAAGAGGGGACAAGAAUUCUGUGGCUUUAUCUGAUAAUGUUCUUGUGGGACUUCGAUGUUGAAGCUCAGUCUUUAAUCAACCGUGCUCCCUACUUCCUGUCUGGAGGUGAUAUGGCCAGGUUCUCAUUGCCUGAGGAUACCAAAGUCGGUGCUCCUGUGUACCGUUUACGAGGUCUUGAUCCUGAAGGUUCAGAUGUUCAUUACAGCAUUAGCGGAGAACAACUCACAGUAGAUCGUAAAUCAGGAAUUGUUUCAUUGCUCAGGCCCUUGGAUCGGGAAACCAUUGAUCUGAUGGAAGUCAUUAUUAGUAUCACAGAUGAAGGAAUUGCAGGGUCAGAGCCAAACACAGUGUCUUUGCGUCGAGAAAUUCCAGUUCUGGAUGUCAAUGAUAAUGCCCCAGAAUUCCAUGGUCGUCCAUAUUCAUUCACUGUAGCUGAGACUACCCGUGUUGGAACAACUCUCUUUAGCAAUAUCACAAUAACUGAUGAAGAUGGAGGGGUUAAUGCAGAUAUUAUGUUAAGCUGUGCUGCAGAUAAAGAUAAUGAAGAUGUCUGCUCAACAUUUGGUGUAGUUGCAGAGAAG